GAUACCAAAUAUCGUAGUGGAGUUUUUGAAUACCAAAGAAAAGAUAUACUUUAAUUUAAUAUAAUGUUUUCGUUUUAUACUUACCUAAAGCGUUUUCUUUCACAUUCAAUGCCUUUUAUAAAAAAUGGAUGUCCAAAUGCGAGAUUUUGAGAUGAGUGACUCAGAAGCAGAGUUACUUGAUCAUACUGCAACAAGUAUUAAUUAUUCAAGAAAUAGAAGACAUGAAAAAGGCUGCAUGCACUAUAUUCGAGUUAUGUGCAGCUGUUGGUGUUGGGUGUGGAGAAAAUGGUGUGCCCCAAGAGAGUUAAAAUCAAGAACAGUAUACAUAGGCCAAUCCAGCACAGAAAAAUUUCCUCCUAAUGCAAUCAGAAAUCAAAAAUAUAAUUUUAUUACAUUUCUUCCAAUGGUGCUAUUUCAACAAUUUAAAUUUUUUCUGAAUCUAUAUUUUUUGAUAAUGGCGACUAGUCAAUUCAUUCCUGAUAUUCGUAUUGGUUAUUUAUAUACGUAUUGGGGGCCUCUGGGUUUUGUUUUAACAGUAACAAUUUUUCGUGAAGCAAUUGAUGAUUUGAGAAGACAUAGACGAGAUAAAGAAGUUAAUUCACAGAGAUAUAGAAGAUUAAAAGGUCCUGACAAUCAGACUGAACUUGUUCCUGCGUGUAGCCUUAAGGUUGGGGAUAUCAUUCACAUUGAUAAAGACCAAAGAGUACCAGCUGAUCUAGUCUUGUUAAGAACUAGUGAAAAGUCAGGAUCUGUAUUUAUUCGUACUGAUCAGUUAGAUGGUGAAACUGAUUGGAAACUAAGAUUAGCUAUACCUGCUACACAGAAGCUUGCCAGUGAUAAUGACCUGUUUUUAACUAAUGCUAGUUUAUUCAUUGAGAAACCUCAACGUGAUAUACAUUCCUUUAUUGGUACCUUUAACAUGCAUGAUUCUUCUUCAAAUCAUGAAGAAAGUCUUAAUGUUGAAAAUACAUUAUGGGCAAACACGGUUGUGGCUGCGGGCCAAGCAACUGGCAUUAUUGUAUAUACAGGUUGUGAGACGAGAAGUGUUAUGAACAAUUCUCAACCAAGGUCAAAAGUAGGGCAGCUGGAUAUGGAAAUAAAUGGAUUAACAAAGGUGUUGUUUUGUGCUGUAAUGGGAUUAUCAUUGGUAAUGAUGGCGCUAAAAGGUUUUAACGGACCCUGGUAUCGUUAUUUAUUUCGAUUUGUUUUAUUAUUUUCAUAUAUCAUUCCAAUCAGUUUGAGAGUCAACUUAGAUAUGGGAAAAGCAUUUUAUUCAUGGUCAAUACAAAAUGAUAAAGAAAUUCAAGGAACAGUUGUAAGAUCAACAACAAUUCCAGAAGAAUUGGGACGUGUGUCAUAUUUGCUUUCAGAUAAAACUGGCACUCUCACACAAAAUGAGAUGGUUUUUAAAAAAUUACAUCUCGGUACUACUUCAUUCAACAGUGAAACUUUUGACAUGGUACGGGCACAAAUAAAAUCUCUGUCAGCCCAAAACGAUGUUUAUCCUAAACCACCAGCAGGAAAAUUAAGGAGAUCUGAAGGAUGGCGUGUUUGGGAGUCUGUUAGAGCAUUGGCUUUAUGUCAUAAUGUUACUCCAGUUUAUGAUGGUAAAACUGAAUCUUUUAUAGAUUUUAACAAAGAAAAUUCAUUGAAAUUUAUUAUUUUAGAGUUUAAUCUUACUGGCUGUACGUAUCAGGCUUCAAGUCCUGAUGAAAUUGCAUUGGUUAAAUGGACUGAGCAAGUGGGAUUAACUUUGCACCAGCGGGAUCUACAAACCAUGACACUGAAAUUUGGAUUAGUAAAUAAACAAAAUUUUACUGAUGGUCAUGAUUUCACAUAUACAAUUCUCCAAUUGUUUCCAUUUACCAGCGAAUCCAAAAGAAUGGGAAUAAUAAUAAAAGAUAUGCAAACUGGAGAGAUCAUUUUUUAUCUGAAGGGAGCAGAUGUGGUACUUGCGUCAAUAGUCCAAUAUAAUGAUUGGUUAUCUGAAGAAUGUGGCAAUAUGGCUAGAGAGGGUCUAAGAACUCUUGUUGUUGCUAAAAAGACUUUAACUGAGGAUCAAUAUAAUGAUUUUGAAAGCCGAUAUAAUGCAGCUCGUGUCAGUAAGACAGAUCGUAACACUAAAGUUGCCCAAGUUGUUGAAUCUUUAGAAAGGGAAAUGGAACUUUUAUGUUUGACGGGUGUGGAAGAUAAACUGCAAGACAAUGUGAGGCCAACACUAGAACUUUUAAGGAAUGCUGGAAUCAGAAUUUGGAUGCUAACAGGAGAUAAAUUAGAGACCGCUACUUGCAUUGCAAAGAGUUCCCAUAUAAUAUCUAGAAACCAAGGCAUUCAUAUACUGAAAAGUGUUGUAACAAGAACGGAUGCACAUUUGGAGCUGAAUCUUUUUAGGCGCAAACAAGAUUGUGCAUUAGUUGUCAGUGGAGAAAGUUUAGAAGUUUGUUUACAAUAUUACCAAAAGGAAUUUUUAGAACUUGCUACUGCUUGUCCUGCUGUAGUAUGUUGUAGAUGUUCCCCUACACAAAAAGCUCAAGUUGUCUCGUUAAUUAAAACACAUACUGGAAAGAGAACAUGUGCUGUUGGUGAUGGGGGUAAUGAUGUUAGUAUGAUUCAGGAAGCAGAUGCAGGUAUUGGCAUAGAAGGUCGUGAAGGUCGUCAAGCUAGUUUGGCAGGUGAUUUUUCAGUCCCUCAAUUUUCUCAUAUUGCUAAACUAUUCUUAGUUCACGGUAGAAGAUCUUACAAACGGUCUGCUGCUUUAUCACAGUUUGUUAUUCACAGAGGACUUAUUAUAUCUACAAUGCAGGCUGUGUUUUCUGCAGUAUUUUACUUAAGUAGUAUUGCCUUAUAUCAAGGAUUAUUGAUGGUGGGUUAUGCUACUUUGUACACUAUGUUCCCUGUUUUCUCAUUAGUUUUAGAUCAAGAUAUUAGCUCACGUACCGCAUUAACGUAUCCAGAAUUAUAUAAGGAGCUUUCUAAAGGUCGAAGUCUCUCAUAUAAAACAUUUUUCAUUUGGGUACUGAUAUCUAUAUAUCAAGGUGGUGUAAUAAUGUAUGGAGCUUUGAUUUUAUUCGAAGAUGAAUUUAUUCAUAUUGUAGCAAUUAGUUUCUCAGCUUUGAUCCUUACAGAAUUAAUAAUGGUUGCUUUGACAAUAAGAACCUGGCACAGACUUAUGGUUUUAGCUGAAUUGUUAAGUUUAGCUUUAUAUCUGUUGUCAUUGAUGAUUUUACAUGAAUAUUUUGAUUCGGAAUUUAUCAGAACCUGGGACUUUUUCUGGAAAGUUUUAGCCAUAACAUUAAUUUCAUGCUUUCCUUUAUAUGUGAUAAAGCUACUUAGGAAAAAGUUCUCACCACCAGCAUAUUCUAAACUAACAUAA